CCUCCUAAACGGUGCAAACAUAACUUAUGCUGUCAAAGAAAGACCUGCGAAGUGAUAUUAAUGAAAAGGUACGCUGCGUCUUCACGACUACCUUAUGUGCUGACCUGAUAGAAGUUGCAAUAAUUCAACUCUCAGCUUUAUAACCCAAAGCGUUGCUGAGAGUUGCAGUGUGCCGGCUUUAGUUCUAAAGGUGCAAAAAUUGGAUGACCACUGAAAAUGCUAAGGUCAAGGAACACUGAUAUUUCAAAAACUUAUCAACGUUUACCUAUCUAAAGCACACACUCCAGCAAAGGGUUCCAUUUUGUCCAUUAAGACAACGCAUGUAAAACCAGCACGCCUUGACACUUUUGAUCAGAAAUGGCUGAUGUAUUGAACAAUGUGGUGUUCGGGGUAUUGAAGGCCCUGUCAGUGGUCUACAAUGUCAUCACCAUCAUCCCUUACUAUGUGAUGUGCCAACCAGGAGAACGACUGAGGAGAUCCAACAGAAUUAAGGCCCGAAGUGUUGAUGGAAACCCAGCCUCUCCGUUCCGUGCUGUGGACUCUCCCCAGCAGCUGUCCACGACCCCGUUCCCAGAAUGCAAGACUCUUGACGAAUUGUUCCAGCGUGCGGUGAGUGUAUAUGGCGACAAGAACUGCUUGGGCACGCGAGAACUGCUGAGGGAAGAAGACGAGAUGCAGCAGAAUGGACGUGUAUUCAAGAAGGUUGUGAUGGGAGAAUACAAUUGGCAGUCGUUUGAGGGAGUGUUCACACGCCUCACCAACCUUGGUAGUGGGCUGCUGGCGGUGGGUCAAAAACCACGCAGAAACAUCCUGAUCUUUGCCGAGACCCGUGCAGAAUGGAUGAUUGCAGCCCAAGCCUGCUUUAAAUACAACUUUCCUGUUGUGACGCUGUACUCCACUCUUGGAGAAGAUGCCAUUAUCCACGGGGUUAACGAAAGUGAAGUGAGUCACGUGAUCACAUCAGCAGAGCUCCUGACAAAGUUCAAGGGCAUAUUGAGUAAGAUGCCUCGUGUGACCCACCUUAUUGUGAUGUGCGACCAACAGCCCAUAACCAGUCUUAAGAAGGAAUUCCCAGACACAGUCACCAUCCUGACAUUCAACGAGCUGGAGAUUAUUGGAGCAGAUCCUGACAACAUUCGCACUCCAGUCACAAAGCCCAGCAGGGGCGACAUAGCUGUGAUCAUGUACACAUCUGGGUCCACAGGAGUUCCCAAAGGUGUCAUUAUCACCCAUGGCAACCUGAUGUCAGGGAUGUCAGGUCAAUGUCAAAGGAUCUCUGGCCUGGGACCCCAGGACACGUACAUCGCUUAUCUGCCCUUGGCACAUGUACUGGAGCUUAGCGCUGAGACAGCCUCGCUGUCACACGGUGUUGCUAUCGGUUACUCGUCACCUCUCACGCUGACCGACCAGUCCAGCAAGGUGAAGAAGGGAAGCCAGGGUGACAUCAGCGUGCUGAAACCUACCCUCAUGGCUGCAGUGCCAGUGAUUAUGGACCGGUUGUACAAGGGUGUGUGGGACAAGGUCAAGUCUGGGAGCCCGUUCAGUCGGGCCCUUUUCCAGUUUGCCUACGACUACAAAAGGAACUCUCUGGAGAAAGGCUAUGAUACCCCAUUGUUCAACAAAAUCCUGUUCAGCAAGAUACAGCUACUGUUGGGUGGGCGUCUGCGUAUGAUGCUGUCAGGGGGUGCCCCCCUCUCGGAGAAAACUCAAAGGUUCAUGAACAUCUGCUUCUGUUGCCCGGUCCUGCAGGGAUACGGCCUCACAGAGACAUGCGGAGCGGGAACCGUCACAGACGUGGAUGACAUGAGUACUGGCAGAGUUGGGCCUCCAUUGACAUGCUGCGAGAUACGUUUGAGAGACUGGGAAGAAGGUAACUACCUGACCUGUGACCAUCCCUUCCCCCGGGGCGAGGUGCUGGUAGGGGGAGGUAACGUGGUCCAGGGGUACUACAAGAACCCGGAGCAAACCAAGGCUGACUUCACGGUGAUUGACGGGCUCCAGUACUUCUGUACGGGUGACAUUGGCCAGUUUGAACAAGACGGCAGUCUCAGAGUGAUUGAUCGCAAGAAGGACCUUGUGAAGCUUCAGCAUGGUGAGUACAUCUCUCUGAGCCGUGUGGAGACAGCACUGAAGAUGUCGCCACUGGUAGACCAGAUCUGUGUGCACGCCAACCCCACACAGUCCUCGUGCAUUGCUCUUGUGGUGCCCAAUGUCAAGAACAUCACUGAACUGGCUGCGAAACUUGGUCUGAAAGAUGUGCCCUUUGAGGAACUGUGCUCCAAUGACAAAGUGGAGGCAGCUGUUUUGAAAGAACUGGCCAGUCUUGGUCAGAAAUCCAAACUGGAGAAAUUUGAAAUUCCUGCCAAGCUGAAGUUGUGCACAGAAAUCUGGAUGCCUGAUACCGGACUGGUUACAGAUGCCUACAAACUGAAGCGGAAAGUCAUAGAAGAAAAAUACCGGCCCAGUCUUGAGCGGAUGUAUUCAUUUGCGUAGAAAUCCCAUAGUCUCAUUCUAGUCAUUUUAAGCCUGUUUUUUAUGAUGAGAGGGGCAUAGUUUACUAAGCAACUUGAGCAAUUCUUAGGACUUUUAGAUUAAGAAUAAAGAAUAAUUUGCAAUUGAUAUGUUUUAAGAAUUUGGAAAUAUCGAGUUUUGCAGGUAUAUGUAAUUCAUCUACAGUAACAUACUGGUAUUUGGUAUGCCUGCGAGUUGAGUAUACAAUAAGUUUGAAUUCUUAAAUGUUAGAAAGUAUUUGUGAAUAGGGCCCCUGACUAUUAUAAAGCAAAUCAUCUUAAAACACUGCAUUUAUGGUUUAGAAGGAUUUUCUGUUUACAUUUGUACAUCAACCUACUAAGUUUUUUAUGGAAUAAACAUAAGAAAUAAGCUGUUUUGCCAAUGCAGUUCAUAGGGAGUUGAUUUUUAUUUAAUCGAAUAAACAUAAUAGGGAUUAACUUGUGUUGUUGAGAGAGGAUGUUAUUAUAGAACAUUUUUAGAUAUACAUUUGUACAUGUGUUUUAAUUUUAAAAAAACAUUAUUUCCAUGUCAUGAUUUUGUUGUUGAGUUGACAGAGAUGAGAAAACAAGGUUUGUGUUUUUAGAGGAUUUUAUAUAACCCUUUCAGUGUGGGAACCGAAUUUUAAAGGCCUUUGCAAACAGUUUGGAUCCAGAUGAGACGCCACGCCACGUGGCGUCUCAUCAGGAUCCAAACUGUUUGCUAUUCUGAUAGUAUUCUUUGAAAAAAAUCGAAGAAAAUGCUAAUUUUAGAAUUUCAGCAGAUGACAAUUUAGCAGACGACAAAUUUCCCAGCAUGCAAAGGGUAAAGCCUGUUUGUGGAUAUAAAGGAUACACAUUCAAAAAACGUGAUAUGGGGCCAUAUUCAUCAACCUGUUCUUAGACCUAAGAAUAAAGAAUAGACUGGUACUCGGACUCAACAAAUCUAACUAUCGAUUAAGAAUCGAGGCUACCCACGGUGCUUAUGUCAUAAGUAUGCUUUUCUUUAUAACGAAUAAUGCAAUUUUAGGUGUUAAAUGUCAAGAUGCACUGACAUAUAUUUAAAACAUCACAGAUUUAAUAAUAUUCUUUAAAUCUAGAACAAAGGCUAAGAACUUGUUGGUGAACAUGGGCCCAAAUUAAAGUUGAUGCCAUUUAUUGAGUGUGAACAUUAAAGAAAACGUGACAUUUGAGCUUUUUCUUGUCCUUGAAAUAAGGGACUUGUUUAUCCAGGAAACCUGAAAAACAAUUAAGAGAGGAACAUAUAUUCCAGAUUUAGGUCGAGUGUUGUGUUCAAAAAGAUGUUUAAUAACUCGAUUAACUACUGGGUAUACAUCGAUGUGUAAAACAUAGCAGAUGUGUUCAUAAUGUGUUGUAAUGUACAAUGCGUUUAUUGACUCCAGUAAAUAUAUAUUAGCUUUACUGUGGGAAAUUAAGUGUUAAUGCAUGUGCGUAAUGUGUUGUUGCAGAUAAGCCUGUGCAAUCCACACAGGCUAUUCAGUAAUGACCAUCUCCCCAUAGGAAUAGCCAUGUUUUUGUCAUUUUUACGGACUUAUGGCCCUUUUUUGACUAAGUAACUUUGAAUAUAUGGUAAAAUUUUGUAUUUAGAUCCACUUUACUUCUAAAGUAUCAAGGCCAUUGCUUUCCAACUUUAAAUACUUUCAUGCUAUCAUGAGGGUACUGUACCUGGCUAGUUGAAUUUUACCUUGACCUUUGAAAGACCUUGACUCUCAAGGUCAAAUUUUUAAAUUUUGCUAAAAUUGCCAUAACUUCUUUAUUUAUGAUUAGAUUUGAUUGAUACUUUGACAAAACAACACUUACCUGACAUACCACAAUAGACUCAUCGCAAACCAUCCCCCGCCCCCCCCUUCCUGUUACUGAAAUAUACAAUAAAAGCUUAACGUGUCGUCCGUGAUUAGCCUGUGCAGACUGAGCAGGCUUUUCUGGGGUGACACUUUAUGCAAUUGUGUUAACCCUUAAAGCGCUGGAGCCGAAUUUUAAAGGCCUUUGCAAACAGUUUGGAUCCAGAUGAGACGCCACACAACGUGGCGUCUCAUCUGGAUCCAAACUGUUUGCUAUUCUGAUAGUAUUCUUUGAAAAAAAAUGAAGAAAAUGCUUAUUUUAGAAAUUCAGCAGACGACAUUUUAGCAGAAGACAAAUUACCCAGCAUGCAAAGGGUUGAGCCUUUUUUUCCCUGAGUGAGGUUUUGUAAAACAGGGCAUACUUGUACUUUGUGUGUUUGAAAAGUGUUAUUUUAUAGAUUAUAUAAAAAAAAUUAGAAAAAUGACAAUAUAUCAAAAUAACAAGUUAUCAGUACAAAGAUAUAACAACCAAUUCAUAAUUUGCCAUUCAUCAUCACACAUAGCAAGAAAUAUUGUGUUUUAUGUGGAUUUGUUUGGGUCGGUAGUUGAAGAUAUACAAACUAGAUUUAUUUUAACCCAUUUAUGCCUAGCGUCUACAAAAAAGGCCUUGGCAAACAGUGUAGACCAAGAUGAGACGCCGCAUGAUGCGGCGUCUCAUCAGGGUCCGUGCUGUUUGCUUAAAGGAAUUUCUUUAAGAAAUAUUCUUAAUAUAGAAAUAAAUAUACUAGAUAUCCCUUAUUUUGGAAAUGAAUUAAUCCAAUUUAGAAGGAUCGGAGAGUUCACUAGGCAUAAAUGGGUUAAGCCAUGGAAGUUGGCUGUCACUUGAAUCAAUAUUGUACAUGUAUGCAAUCACCUAUUUAUAUUUGUGUAUAUUUUAACUUUUUUAACUUGUUUAGGCAAUGCAAUGUAUGUAUUUAAAACUAAAUUUUCAACUAGCGAAAUUGGUGUAAUACAUUUCUUUUGUAUUUACAUGUUAGUAAUUUGUCACUUUUACUCCUAGGUUCAUGUAUUGUCUAUAAUAGUGCCUAAAUAUAUUAUUUAAAGGAAACCAUGGUAAAACAUCUAGAUAGUUUUGAAAAAAAAAACUUGAUGUUGCAGUUACGUAUUGUCUGUUUGAAUUGUGUUUUUACUUUUACCAGUGUUAAACUGUUUCACACUUGAUAGAAAUAAACAAGAAAUAAAGUU